AUGGCAACUCGGUUCGCGCUCAAGUGCGCCAAAGCAUCUGCAGACACGAUUGUCCUUCCAAACAUAUGCAUUGGGACUUGGGCUUGGGGAGAUAGUACGACAUGGAACAACGCGUCCUCAUCAGCACGCGAGCAGCUUGAUGGAGCUUGGGCCAGCAUGCAGAAUCAUGGCCUAACCUUUGUUGACACGGCCGAAGUCUACGGCAGGGGCGAGUCGGAACGCAUCAUCGGGUCACUCCGAGGCUCCAGCCCAGAGGACUACAAGACCAAGCUCAUCAUCGCAAGCAAGUACUUGCCCAUACCCUUCCCGCCAUGGAAGCUGUUCAUGCCUAGCGGCGUGGUCAAGAGCUGCCAGCAGAGCCUGGAGAGGCUAGGGCUCACGCAGAUGGACCUAUAUCAGAUCCACGGGCCAGUCCAUUUCCUGAAUUCGAUUGACUCUAUUGCUGGUGGACUGGCCAAGUGCGUAGAACUUGGGCUGACGCGCGCUGUGGGCGUGAGCAACUACAGUCGAGAUGAAAUGAUCCAGAUGGAUGAGGCGCUCAAGAAACGGGGAUUGCGCCUCGCCAGCAACCAGGUUGAAUUUUCUCUCCUUCGCACCUUGCCGGAGAAGGGUGGCUUGCUGGAGGAGUGCAAGAGUAGAGGCAUUGUGAUGAUGGCAUACAGCCCCCUAGGGAUGGGUCGCCUUACAGGCAAAUACACGGCCGAGAAUCCACCUCCAUCGGCCCGAAGGUUCAGCAACUACCCAAUGGAGCAGCUCAGCCCGCUGCUGGAUGUUCUACACAAGGUCGCUGCGACGCACGGCGUCAAACCAAGUGCUGUUGCCUUGAAAUGGGUCAUCCAGAAAGGAGCCAUCCCUCUUGGGGGUGUGAAGAACGCCACUCAGGCAGACGAGAACGCACGAGCCGCAAGCGAGGACUGGCUUCUUUCAGAAGAGGAGAUGAACGAACUCGAGAAACAUUCCAUCGUUGGCAAGACAAGUUGGGUGUGGCAACAUGGCUGA